AUGAAUCCAUCCAUGCUCAAGUUUCAGGGCUCAACCUCACUGUUGCGGCUCAGCCCCGUGGAGGAUGUUCCAGUGAAGCGGGUUAGGGAAUCCACCUCGAUUUGCGAGGAAAACUUUGUCCAAUCUACCAAAAGGAACGAGGAUGGGAGGUCGAUCGCACUGGCUCAGUUCCUCCGAAACGAGAUUCGACUGAAUAAAGACGUUGCGUCAAAAAAGCAGUACGACUCAGUCAUUCAAGAGUAUUUAGAUUUAGGUCAUAUGCACCAAGUCUCUCCGGACGACUCUAAUAAUUUUUAUUUGCCCCAUCAUGCUGUCUUCAAACCAGACAGCACCACAACGAAGGUUCGCGUUGUGUUUAAUGCUUCCAAUCCUUCAUCCAACGGGAACAGCCUCAAUGAUAUCCUUCAUGCGGGGCCCGUACUGCAGUCCGAUCUUACUAUCCAGAUUCUAAAAUGGCGUUUCUUCAAGUAUGUGUUCAAUGCGGACAUCACAAAAAUGUACAGGCAAAUUCGGUUGGCUCAGGAUAUCCGAGGCCAAUAUCCUUUGGCAAGUGACAUCAUCUCGAACUUCAUGUACGUUGACGAUGUGCUCGCAGGCACUCACACUAAGCAGUCGGCAGUUUUAGCCAUCGAGGAGCUUCGGCUGGCUCUUGAGAGUGCUGGUUUUCCAUUGCGGAAGUGGACCUCGAACGAAAGAAAACUCCUACAAGAGGAUCCAAAGGAGCACUUGAUUAGUGCAGACUUUCUGGAGCUUGAAGAGGCUAGUACGGCGAAAACCCUACGCCAACGGAUCAAAAUUUGGCUACGGGAGCUGGGCUGGGAUCAGCCACUCCCCAGGGAUCUCGCGACCCAGUGGCGGGAGUUCCUAGAAGGGUAUCCUGCCCUGAAGGAGAUUCGUAUCCCGAGAUGGGUACGUUUCCAUCCAGCUGCGAAACUCCAGUACCAUGCGUUUUGCGACGCGUCACAGGACGCCUAUGGGGCUGCUAUUUUCGUCCGAAUCGAAACGAAGGAAGGCUGUUGUACCCAUCUACUUACAUCCAAAACCCGAGUCGCUCCUGUCAGAUCCAUCUCCAUACCACGCUUGGAAUUGUGCGGAGCAGUGCUGCUCACGGAGCUGGCAGCUCUAGUAAUUUCUGAAGUGCCUCCUUAUGACUAUGAGACCUUUUACUGGACCGACUCUACGAUCGUUCUUGCAUGGCUGAACAAUCCAGCUGAUCUGGCAAGCCGGGGCGUCUCACCCCAAGAGCUGAAGGACAGCGCACUGUGGUGGCGUGGGCCAGCUUGGUUGCACCUCAAACAGGAGCAGUGGCCGAGUGAGUUGUUGGUCCAUCCGGAGACUGAGCUUGAGCAGCGCCCCGUCAAAUGCCACACGGUCGCAGUGCCCUCAGCAGUUGAAAUCCUAGAGAGGUUCUCAGCCUUUGACCGAGCUCUGCGAGUUCUUGCUUAUGUGUUUCGUUUUGUGAAAAGUUGCCGGAGGGAAGGUGUAGCCUCAUCGGCAGAACUCACUGCGGCGGAGUUGUCGGAGGUGCAGGAGCGGCUAAUUGUGCUCACUCAGAAGAAUGAGUUUCCCGCCGAAUAUAAGGUUUUGAGCAACAAGCAACAAGUUCCACCCGCAAGCGCAAUUUCGAACCUAAACCCCUUUCUUGACGGGAAUGGGGUCUUGAGAGCAAGCGGCAGGUUACAAGCAUCUGAAAUGCUUAGUUAUGAUGAAAAACAUCCGAUCAUCCUUCCUGCACGGUGUAGGUUCGCCGAACUUCAAGUCUUGUUUAUCCAUCGCAUAUCCUUGCAUGGGGGGAAUCAAUUAAUGAUCCGACUGAUUCGCUCCAAAUUCUGGAUUCCCAAGCUUAAAAUGUUGGUGAAACGAGUGUGUGUCAUCCACAAGAAGAGACUGCAGACGCAGUUGAUGGGGAAUUUGCCCCGUGCGAGGUCCACCUUCUCCAGACCGUUCACCCAUACGGGAGUGGACUUCGCAGGACCAUUUGACGUCAAGAGUUAUGUCGGUCGAGCCUGCAAAAUCACAAAGGGAGAAGUUCUUGGCCGCAUUCUCCCGGUUUUUGCUCGGCGUGGGUGUCCACAACACGUCUACUCUGACAACGGGAAAACGUUUGUCGGAGCUUCCACGUCCUUAUCAAAGGAUUUCAUUGAAGCUACCAGAACAUCGGUUUUAUCGCAGCACAGUCUUCAGAAUGUGUCCUGGCAUUUCAACCCUCCUGGCGCACCUCAUAUGGGAGGGCUUUGGGAGGCAGGUGUGAAGAGCUUCAAGUCGCAUUUUUACAAGUACACAGCCGCUGGGAAAUACACGUUCGAAGAACUGACUACCCUCCUGGCGAAGAUUGAGGCCUGUUUGAACUCCAGGCCCAUCUCGCCAAUGUCCGAAGAUCCCACGGACCUUAUCGCUCUGAGCCCUGGGCAUUUUCUAAUCGGUGGACCAUUGCUUGCGGUAGCAGAACCUGAGGUUAAAGAAGGUCCCAGCUCCAUUAUCAAUCGGUGGCGGAGGUUGAAAGCCCUGAAUCAGCAGUUCUGCCUGCGUUGGAAGGAGGAAUACCUAAAGGAACUCCACAAAAGGAAUAAAUGGAAGUUCCCAACGCGAGAUCUCCAGGCUGGAGACAUGGUGGUGAUCAAAGAGGAGAACUUGCCAUCCAACGAGUGGCGACUUGGGCGUAUCCAAGUGGUCUGUCCCGGCGUGGACGGCAAGGUUGUGUCGUCCUACGUCGUCCAUGUCCGCAUAUACAAUGGCUCCAGCGAUCCGCCACGAUGUAUACCGCUGUCGAGUGUGCAGGGGGGUUCACCCAUUGAGGAGCUGCCAGCGAUUCCUGCAACUGCCGGCUGUGAAGCGGCAACUGCGCUAACUGUCUGGCCCACGAGCAUUCGGGUCGGUCGUGUCGCAGCAAAUCGAGGUGCCGCAUCUGCCGAGAGGCCCACCACACUCUGCUGCACAUCCGCGGCGAGCAGCCAGGCUCUUCGAGGCCUCAACGGAAGCGUGAGCCACAAGCAGCGGCUCAGCCUCAACGGCGUCAGGAACUCAUUGUCAACGCCGACGGGCGCGCCUAGCUUGGUGCGGACGAGCGUCAGCAUCCUUCCGACCGCUGCCGUGCUCAUUGGGUCCGAGCAGAAGAGAUUCGAUGUGCGAGUCGUGGUGGAUCCGUGCUGUCCCGUGAGUCGCAUCCACGUCUCGCUGGUGAAGGCCCUCAACUUGGCCGUCACGGGCGUGGGCAACGAACGGCUGUGCACCACCGAGAUUCGCUCGAAAACGUCCCGGAUGAGCAAACAGCUGCUGAUGGUGGUGGACGAGCAGAUGCAGAGCCGGACGCCGGCACAGCCCCUGGAUCCGAAGGUGCAGGACAUGUUCCACAACAUGACGCUAGCGGAUGACCGGUGGUUCCACCCAGCGCUUGUCUCGGCUGUCCUUGGAGCAGACGUUUACGCCGACCUGAUGCUGCCGGGUAUCAUCGCGAGCCAGGACGGCCUGCCCAUGGCACAAAAUUCCAAGCUGAGAUGGAUUCUUUCGGGACGCUGUUCUCUGUCCUAA